UUUUCAACAUCAGCUUCAACCGGAAGAUCAAAAUCUAAAGAAGUUUAGAUUUUAGUCCUGUGCCUGUCUCCUGUUCUGUCCUGAUUCGUUAAAAUUCAAGAAUUGCACGAAAGAAGUUAAAAACAAUUUAGUUAAUUAUUAAUUCAAUUUUCUAUCACGCAAAACUAUAAUAGUUGAUAUACCAUGAAUGAACAAGAUCUGCCAUCAGAUAGUGACGAGAGUGAUCUUGAAUAUAAGCCAUCAGACGAAGAACACUGUGAGGUAUCUGAAGAAGACGAAUCUGGAGAUGACGAAGAUAAAAAUGCUGCUCAGGAUGAAGAAAUCGAAUCUGAAACCAAUAAUAAAAAGAAAGUUGCUCGAAAACCCGGAGCUAAAAGAAAGAGCAGAAAAAGAAAAAUAGUUGAGGAGAGUUCUGAAAAAAAUGAAAGCCCAGAAGAACCAGAAGAAAAAAAGUUAUCGGUAGAAGAAGAAAAGAAAAAAGCUGAUGCUCUGUGGGAAGAUUUCUUGAAAGAUACUGGAGGAAGAAUAGCGUCUUCGAGUAGAACUCAGUCGUCCAACAUUCCAGACAUUAAAAGCAAUGAAACAACAAACGGAACAAUUGGUUCUUCUAAAACACUUCAGACAAAUGAGAAAGAGAAUAAAGUGACCGUUACACAAAUAUUUGAGUUUGCUGGUGAGAAAAUUAAAGUUGAAAAAGAAGUGCCGGUGGCAGCAGGCAGUGGGGGCAGUCUGGGGACGGGAAUGAGGGGGACUGGGCGUGGUAGGGGGGGAGGUAGGGGAGGUGGAAUGGGGGGCGCCCUCAGUGCCUUUGUCGGUCAGCUGGGCAAGAAGAACAAACUCAGCAUGCUGGAAAAGUCAAAGCUCGACUGGGACAGCUUCAAAAAAGAAGAAGGAAUUGAAGACGAUCUGAAAACCUUUAAUAAAGGAAAAGACGGAUAUUUGGAGAGACAAGACUUUUUGCAGAGAGCAGAUUUAAGACAGUUUGAAAAAGAAAAGGAAAUGAGAGCUAAAAGAAGCGGUAGAUGAGAUCUACUUUUUUUAGUGAGAUUUUCAAUCUUUUGAACAGUAUCAAAAUUGUAAUUUCUUUUUCAUCUUUUAAUUUGUGAUUAGAGAAUUCCCAGUAGUAUUCUGUUGUUUGUUGAUCCUGUGAUUUGAUCUUUUUAUUUUAUUACCUUGUGUAUUUUAGCUGAUUUUGUUAGUGCUUUCAUACUUGAGUAAUCAUAAUUUAUUACAAUGCUACGUUUUUAUUUGAAUGGUGAUAUGUUAUUUUUACAGAACUUCUAGUUGUUCUUCCUUUAGAAAACAAAUAAUUAAAGUAACAUGUUAAAACAAUA